ACACACGCGCCAACAGCAUGUCCGUGGACUGGCUCGCUUACGGAUACUCGGCACUGGUUGCCUGUGGGGGCAUUCUGGGAUACAUUAAAGCAGGUAGCAUCGCCUCCUUGGUUGCAGGCCUCCUCUUUGGGGGUUUGGCUGGCUUUGGCAGCUACCAGAUGUCCCACAAUCCUAAGAAUGUGUGGGUUUUUCUUGGAGCCUCAGGAACACUAGCUGGAGUCAUGGGAUUUCGAUUUCUCAACUCUUGGAAGUUCAUGCCAGCUGGCCUUGCAGCAGGAGCAAGUAUACUGAUGCUGGUGAAGGUUGGCCUAGCAAUGUUCCGGAAGCCUCAUGGACCGUAACGACUGUCAGUAACAUCCCUUCAGACAACCAAUGAUGACUUUUACUGGACAAAUAGAAUUUCAUAUCAUAGCUAACUCCAUCAAAGAGUUUUCAUAGGUAUAUAUACUGUGUAUAUAUAUUUUUUAUUUUUAAAUAAAAUGGGAAAAUGAAAAUAAUCCUGAUUCCAAGUAAUGUACAUGGACAUGAUGUCACCUGAUGUAAAUUCUUUCAUUUCCUAGGAUAUAAUAUUUAACAGCAUGCUGGCUGCAUGUGAACACAAGCCUCAGCAAUUUAUAACACAUUUACUCUGAUUUGUAUAAAGGCACAGCCUGGAUAGCGUAUUUCACCGCAUGCCAUCUGCAUUCAUUCUCAACAGAAGUUUUUGUAUUAAAAACUCAAGGCAACACUUCAGGACUAUAUUAUAAUUUUUACUAUUCAAGAAAUAAUUAUAAAAAUAUGAAUACACAAGUA